UUGGGAGGUGUGCAUCGAGAAGUUCGCCAAUAUUUCACCACUUUCAGAAAUUGUAGACUUUCAAUACCAAAAGUUGCUGCUCCCCCAAGAGAGAUUCUCAAAAUGUGGGCUAUUCUUCUGGUGAUCCUAUGCGUGGGUCUGCUGUACAGAUAUGUGAGGCGGCACUACACCCACUGGCAGCGAUUGGGAGUCGAGGAGGAGCCGGCAAAGAUACCUUUCGGAGUGAUGGAUACGGUCAUGAAGCAGGAACGAAGCUUGGGCAUGGCUCUGAGUGAUAUAUACGCCCGGCACGAGGCCAAAAUCGUUGGCAUUUACAUGAUGAACAAGCGCAGCAUUCUGAUCCGAGAUGCCCAAUUGGCACGGCAAAUCAUGACCAGCGAUUUCGCCAGUUUCCACGAUCGCGGAGUGUACGUGGACGAGGAUAAGGAUCCCUUGUCCGCCAACCUUUUCAAUCUGCGAGGUGCCUCAUGGCGGAAUCUACGCCAGAAACUCACACCAUCGUUCUCGUCCGGCAAAAUUAAGGGCAUGUUCGGCACCAUCGACGAUGUGGGCGAUAAGUUGGUGCAGCACUUGGAGGGAGCACUGGACCAAAGCGACGAGGUGGAGAUCAAGGAUGUGAUGACCACCUAUGCGGUGGACAUCAUUGGGUCGGUCAUUUUUGGCCUGGAGAUAGACAGCUUCAGCAAUCCGAAGAACGAGUUCCGUGAGAUCAGCAGCUCCACGUCAAGGGAUGAAUCUCUGCUGCUGAAGAUUCACAACAUGUCCAUGUUCAUUUGUCCACCGAUUGCUAAGCUGAUGAAUCGCCUGGGCUACGAGAGCCGUGUCCUGACAUCCCUGCGCGACAUGAUGAGGCGCACCAUCGAGUUCCGGGAGCAGCACAACGUGGUGCGAAAGGACAUGCUGCAGCUGCUGAUCCGCCUGCGAAAUACGGGCAAGAUUGGCGAGGACGACGACGAGGUGUGGGACAUGGAAACUGCACAGGAGCAGCUGAAGUCCAUGUCGAUCGAGAAGAUCGCCGCCCAGGCAUUCCUCUUCUACGUGGCGGGCUCGGAAUCCACAGCUGCGGCAUCUGCCUUCACCCUCUACGAGCUGUCCAUGUACCCGGAACUGCUGCAGGAGGCGCGAGAGGAAGUGGAUGCCGUGCUGGCGAAGCACAAGCUAAAGCCCAAGGAUAGGUUCACCUACGAGGCGGUGCAGGACUUGAAGUUCUUGGAUCUCUGCAUCAUGGAAACCAUUCGCAAAUACCCCGGCCUGCCGUUCCUCAAUCGGGAGUGCACCGAAGAUUACCCAGUGCCCGGAACCGACCACAUCAUAACCAAGGGCACACCCAUUCUGAUCUCGCUCUUUGGCAUCCAGCGUGAUCCCGCCUAUUUCCCCAAUCCCAAUGGCUACGAUCCCCACCGCUUCGAUGCGGACACCAUGAACUACGACCAGGCUGCCUACAUGCCUUUUGGAGAGGGUCCCAGGCACUGCAUAGCUCUUCGCAUGGGAAAGGUCAACUCCAAGGUGGCGGUGGCCAAGGUGCUGGCCAACUUCGAUCUGAUCCCAUCUCCGCGCAAGGAGGUGGAGUUCCGUUUCGAUGCCGCUCCCGUUUUGGUGACCAAGGAGCCUUUGAAGCUGCGCUUGACCAAGAGAAACUAAAUGAAACCUAACUGGCCAAAUGCCUUUAAUAAGUUUGCUAAGUUUGAGUGCAUAGAACACUGUAAUAAAUAACUAGUUUGGUUUUAUUCUACUUAUGCUUAAAAGCUCUCUCUCAGCUCGGUUUGUAAACGAGAGAAACUACUAACAAAGCUAGUUUGAGCACAUAAAAACAUAAACAAAUGCCUAAACAUAAACAAUCGUAGUUAUCAGCUGUUUUCGCCGGUUAAACGUGUUUCUACGAACUAUAGCGGCACACUGAAAAUAAAUUA